AUGGCCGACAGUGAUGGAGACGAAGUACGAUGUCGAUGGGGAUAUGAUGAAUUUGAAGUAGGGGACAUUUACUCUGCUAAGGGAGACCUACGAUCAAAUCCUUGUGAACUAACAUACAAUGCAACCAUGAUUGGCUAUGAAGGAGUUGCACUCGUCAUUGAAGAUUUUGAUACCAACGGUGCAUUACUUUCAUCAAUUCCAUUACAAUUUCUUAUUCAAAUUGUUGAUGCUCCAACAGAUAACAAUGAGUCAACUGUUAGUCCAUCGUUACCACCAUCAUGCCACAUACCUCCUGUUUAUCUUGGUGACUGGCAAAGGGAUGCAUGUGUUGGAGUCAAUUCAAAUAGUACAGUUGAGUUGCGGAUUGUUGUCGAAAUAUCUUGUCAAAAUACUAGCACUAAAAUUCAAGAUAUUCUUACUAUAUCUCCACAAGGUAUGACCAAAAGCUAUAUAACACAAGACCCCAUGAGUAGCAAUACUUAUAUAAUGCACUUACAAUGGCAACCAAGACCUGAUCAAUAUGGCAUUCAUCAAGUUUGUGUAACACCAGCUGAUUCCGAAGGGCAAAUUGGUUCUCAAACAUGCUUCAACUUGCAAGUCGAUGUUAAAUCACCUACUUUUAUAAGAGAUUCUAUCGUACCAACUGGUAUUGUUGCACAAAAUCAAAAUAUUUGGAGUAUUUCUACUGACGUUGAUAUUGUUCGCCCAACACAUAGAAAUGUUUAUGCAAGAUUCAUAAAGCGAGUUCCAUUUAACUCUAGUAGAGAUACAGAAAUUAUUCGAGUGAACUCAGAUAAUGCUCAUUAUGAUAGAAGACGAAUUACUUUUUACACCGAUGGUACUAUUUGGGAAAAGGGUCAAAACUACUACAUUAUUCUAGAUGGUGGUAUAGCUGAAAUAAACCAAGCAUGUGGAGUACAGUCGGCACCUGUUAUAGACAGCAAUUUUUGGACAUUUGCAAUUGAGAUGACGCAUACUACUGAGUCUACACAAAUUACAACUAGUAAGUCACCAAUAGGAACAUUGUCUAGCAUUGUUGAGAGUAAUACUUCGGAGGAAUUUUCGAGCUCAACGGUGAAAGUAAUCUCUACAGAAGCUACCAUUUCAACAUCACCGACCAAUACACCAGACCCGUUUGCUUCGGCUUCACUUACAACAAAAAGAAGAACGACAGCAACAAGUACAACAAAAACAACAACUACUACAACUACAACUACUACUACAGCAAGCACUAGUCCUAAUGUAAUAUGUCCUCGAUGGCUUCAGUUUGGCUUAAUUAUCAAUGUCACAACGAAUGCUUCACAUCCAGAAUUUACUUUCUGUUUUCAUGUGAAUCAAUCUUCGAGUGAUGUUACUGUGGCAGCUAACACGUGGGUUCCUUGUGCUAAUUGGAAGGUAUCGGGUGCAGGCGAUCCAUUAAUGGAUCUCUAUGUAAUCGGCAACAAUUUAAAGAUGUUAGCACAAAAUGAUGAUGGCAAUUCCAUACCUCAUCUCAAUUGCUAUGCUUCAGUGUUGAGCUAUCGUUUAGAUCGUGGCAAUUAUCGUGUGGUAAUUCGUCAUCACAAGUGCUUAUACGGUUACUUUGAGGUACGACUCUCAGCGGAGACAACCAACCCAUUCAUAUAGAAGACAAUUACAGAUUCGGACCAAACUAUCCAAUAAUUAGAACUUGUUAUUUUUAUUUUCAUACAUUUCAAUUUACAACAUUUUAUAUUGAUAUAAAAUAGUUUAAAAAAUCUAAUGUAUUUUAAAGAGUUGAAAUAAGAAAAUUGUAUAACGGUCACAAGAUAAAUGAAAAAUAGAAUAACUUUAGUAAUAAAUCUCAUUUUGGGCAACGAUUAUAUGUGAAUUUAUUACAUUUUCGAAAUAAAAACUAUUGUUUGAUUUUACUGUAAAGACUUACGCUGCCUCUUUUUAAGCAAUGCAUGUAACUGCAAUGUAUCGAUAUCAGUGAGAACUUGUAUAACAAGAAGCUAUGAUCAAUAUUAUGUUUUACUCGCUUGGAACGAUAUCUUGUAACAGAUAUUAAACAAAUUAAACGCUGGUGUAGCCACGAUUUUUAAUAUUACUGAGCGUGGAUGUAUUUGAUUAAUCCAUAAAUACCUAUCUUCAUUAACAUUUCAAUAAGAGAAAAAGGGCAGAUUUUCAGGAUUUUGAAUCCCAAUAAAAAUACGAGAAAUUCAAAAAAAUCUAAUGGGAAUCAGAAAAUCCCAUGAGAAUCUCAAAAAUCUCAUGCGAAUCUGAGAAGUAGGACUGAAAUUCAGAGAAUUUUAUGUAUGUUUUAAGAGACUAUCAUACACAAAUAAGCGGAACCGUAUAAUUAUCCGACUUUUUUUUUGUAAAAAAAGGUUCAUUCAAUCUUUUCUUGUUUUGAAACUUGUAAUUCCAUAAGGAAGAAUAGCGAGAAGUAAAGACAUUCCAUCAAAAUGUAAUUAAAUAUGAAAUAUGUAUAAAAGCUAUUGUUGAUAAACAAAAUUGAACAAUUGAUGCGUUUAUUGAGGGUAUUCCGUAAUUUAUCGAGGUUGCUGUACUCAGUUAAAGACAUUGGUAAUGUAAAUUCAUAGACAAAGGUUAAAAUACUAAUUUUCUAUACCAUCUAGAGUACUCAACUCUUCUAAGUGGGAAGCUCUAUACUAGAAAUCGAUUUGCCGAAGAACUAGUCGUCUUGGAUUUUCAUGUCAACUCGACAACGUUUUCUUUGUUUUCAGAAUCCAACACACUUCUCUACUAAACUUCGAAACCAAAUGCUUUCAGAGAAAGCAAAUAUGCUAAUUGGAUACUAACAAGUCUCUGUUGGAAUAUUCAUUGAAUUAAUCGAGACUAAAUCGAAGUUUGUACAUGGUCUUGUUAAGACAGAUAUAAAGUGAAAACAUCGGCUAAAUUUCACUUCUUGCCUGAAACGUUCGAGUAAUGAUGUACUCUCUGCUCUAGAAGACAUUAAUAAUUAUCGAGCUGCUCUUGCUAGUUUACGACUUUUACAUUCUGUUGCGAUCGCACAUACAGGUUGUUUCAAAAGUCUAUUAAAAAAGUUAAUUCGUAAAAUUUCACUAUUCAUCAAACUUAUUCAGUCAAUUUUUUCGGAUGACAUAUAUAAGUGUGAAGUUUUUGUUUAUGUGGACAGAUUUCGCGAAUACUGUUCAAAUUUACAGUUUUCGACCAAAACACCAAAGUCAGUCCCUCUCGAUCCACUUCGAAGUUUUUUCCUUUCAAUAUUUCAAAUUCCUGCGUCCUUUUUGUGAUUUUUGUAUUAUUCACUUCUUAUAGUAUUUUACGCCUGCAUUUAUUGUGAUAAGUCAGUGCAAAAUAAACCUUAUGAUAUGAAAUUUCAAGAUCAUGAAUCUGACGAAAUCGAUUUUUCCUUUUCAGCUCAUCAGUCACCGUUCCAAAAGUUACAGUGAGCAUAUGAACCUCGCGAUCUUGGAAUUUUAUAUUGUUAGGCUUGUUUUGCACUGAAAUAUCACAAUAAACGCAGAUGAAACGUAAUGUAAGAAGUGAACAAUACAAAAAUGACAAAAACAGCGCAGGAAGUGGAAAUAUUGAAAGAAAAAAACAACUUUGAAGCGCAUCUAGAAGAACUGACUUUAGUGUUUUAGUUGAAAGUUAUAAAUUUGGAUGGUAUUCGCGACUUUUGUCCGCACAAACAAAAGCUUCAAACUUAUAUCUAUCAUCCAAAAAAAAUUGAUUGAAUAAGUUUAAUAAAUAGUGAAACCCUACGAAUUAAUUUUUUAAUGAACUUUUGGUACACCCGAUAGAGAGCAUGAUAUAUCGAUCGUUGAUUGCAUUGGCCAUGGUUGGUUUGCAGUAUUUCUGUGCUGUAUCUGAUAGAUUUUGUUGGAAAUAAAUGAUGAGAAGUACAUUGUAAGAUGCGCUAGUAAUAAUUAAAAAAAGUCCUAUUAAUAACCAGUCCAGCACAUUUCUCAAUCGAAUGCAAUGCACAUAGUUUACUUGGGUGUGGGUGUGGAUGUGGGUGUGGGUGGGGUGUGGGUGUGGGUGGGUGUGGGUGUGGGUGUGGGUGAAGUGUGGGUGUUGGUGUGGGUGAGAGUGUGGGUGUGGGUGCGGGUGUAGGGGGGUGGGUGUGGGUGUGUGGGUGGGUGUGGGUGUGGGGGUGUGGGUGUUGUGGGUGUCGGAUGUGGGCGUGAGUAUGGAUGGAGAUGUAUUGAAAGUGCACACCCACAUCCACACCACACCCACACCCAAAAUGUCAUGUAUGCUCUCAAUAGAAUAAAACGUGAAAAAUCAGUCAAAUAUACAAGAUAUCAGUGUAAAGAAUGUGAUGUUAGGUUAUGCGCAACGGAUUU